CUUAUUAAUUUGUUGCUAUCUUUACCUAAUCACAAUACAUUUCAUCUUUCAAAAAUGUACCGUACAGCAUCUAGUAAUGAUGUAUCUCGUAAUGUUGUAUCUCGUAAUGCUGUAUCUAAAAAUGAUGUAUCUAGUAAUGCUGAAUCUAGUAAUGCUGUAUCUAGUAAUGUUGUAUCUAGUAACGCUGUACCUAGUAAUGCUGUAUCUAGUAAUUCUGUAUCUAGUAAUGUUGUAUCUAGUAACGCUGUACCUAGUAAUGCUGUAUCUAGUAGUGCUAUAUCUAGUAAUUCUAUAUCUAGUAAUUAUAAGAUGAGAAACAUUGACGAAUUUGAUUAUCUUUUUAAAGUUAUCUUAACUGGUGACUCUAGGGUCGGUAAAUCUAAUCUUCUUUCACGUUUCACUCGUAAUGAGUUCAAUUUGAAAUCCAGGUCAACUAUUGGUGUUGAAUUUGCUUCCAGGUGUAUUCAAGUAGAUAAUAACAUUAUCAAAGCACAGUUUUGGGAUACUGCUGGCUGUGAGCAUUAUAGAGCUGUUAUAAGCGAAUAUUACCGUGGAGCCGUCGGCGCUUUACUUGUUUAUAAUAUCACCAAAUAUGUAACAUACGAAAAUGUCAAAUGCUGGUUGAAAGAAUUAAGAGACUAUGCUGACAGUGAUAUUGUCAUUAUGCUUAUUGGAAAUAAGUGUGAUUUAAAAUUUUUGCGAGUAGUUUCUACUGAAGAAGCCAAGCAAUUUGCUGAGGAGAACAAUCUUUAUUUCAUCGAAACUUCUGCUUUUGAUGCUAUUAACGUAGAACUUGCUUUCCAAAACAUUCUAACCGAAAUUUACCGUAGAGUAUCUAAUGUAUCUGAAUCUAGUAAUGCUGUUAUAUCUAGUAAUUCUAUAUCUA